AUGGCGCAGGACCCGGGUCUCAUUCAUCAAUUGGACCAGAGAUACAGGCAAACUCCGACAUUUGGACCAGCCACCAUUCGAAAGUUUUUGGCCAAUUCUUCUGAGAUGAAACAUUUGGCGGCUCAAAACUUCGAAGAUCUCCUCCAGUGCUCUAUCCCUGUCUUUGACAGCCUUCUUCCUGAGCCACAUAAUCAGACUGUUCUUGAGUUGCUCUUCACCAUGGCUCAUUGGCAUGGGAUAGCCAAGCUUCGAAUGCAUUCUGAUUUGAUGCUCGAAAUCAUGGACAAUAAAUUCCUUCCAAAACUGAAGGAACACCUCUUACGUCGAAUCAUUACCCCCUCAGGAGUAGGAGACGAACAGGAUAUCAAUACAAUUAUUCUCAAGGAUGAUCGCAUAUAUCAGCAUAACAUGGCUAGGUUCAACUAUACGACCUACGAUGUCCGAAGAGCCCAGGAUGUUAUCAAUCCAAGAACUUCGCAUUGCAACAUUAUGGUGCUCCACACCGACAAUGAUAUGGGGUGCCAUGGUCACAGGUACAACUACGGUAAGGUACUUGGCGUAUACCAUGUCAAUGUCAUAUUCAUUGGACAUGGUAUGGUUGACUACACUCCAAUACGAAUGGAGUUCCUGUGGAUUCGCUGGUACGAGCCCAUGGAUGAAGUCUCCACCUGGGCGACUUCAACCCUGGAUCGAGUGAACUUCCUGCCCCUGAACCACAAGCACUCGUUCGGCUUUCUUGAUCCUGCAGAUGUCCUUCGGGGUUGUUACGUCAUUCCUCAUUUCGCCAGAGGCAAGAGACAUGCUGAUGGAUCAGGUGUGUCAGCAUGUGCGGAGGACAAAGAUGACUGGUGUGAAUACUAUGUCAAUUGGUUUGUUGACCGCAAUAUGCUUAUGCGCUUUCACUUCAGGCUUGGCAUCGGACAUGUAUAUUCUCACUAUUGCACCAUGCAGGUUGAGCUUCAACGAGAAGACAUUAGCUUACAGGCAUCAUUUAACCGUGAUGUGGAAGACCUCACAGACGACGUAGAAGUAGAUGAAGAUGAAGGUGACGAUGAAAGUGAUGAUACUGACGAUGGGUUGGACAUUGAGCAGCCAUUCCGUUCUGACAAAUUAUUACCAGAUCAAUUUGAUGAGAUGUAUGAUGGCGAAGUAGAUCUAGACUACAAAAACUAG